UCUAAGUAAAUCACGGAGAAACGAUUCCAGCAAGAAACCAUGGAGACUCCUCCUAACUGCGACCGCGGGCACUGGUCGGAGCUCCCAAUGGACUUGUUAAGAUGCCUGUUGGAACGUUUGAGUUUUGUAGAUUUCCACUGUGCUAAGAUGGUGUGUUCGAACUGGUACUUGUGUUCCAAGCAGACGUUGGGACCAAAAGUCGGAUCUCCCAUGCUGAUAAUGUCUCAAGAAGAGGGUAGUUAUUGUCUGUACAAUCCAGAGGAAGAUACUUUUUACGAGGCGAAAAGUAACUAUCGAUUCCUAGGAAGCUCAGGUAAGUGGUUCCUUGUUGUAGAUUCCAGAUCAGAUCUACAUAUCAUAAACGUGUUUAGCAAUGAGAGGAUCCGUCUUCCACCUCUAGAGACAGUCAAGAGUUCUCUUUAUAAGAUUGAGCGAUUAGGAGGAGAUAAGGGGUUCAAUGAGUUUAUUAUUAUUGAACAUGAGAAGUUCUCUUCUGGGAAUCUAGUAACUGCUGAAGAUCUGAGAGCUGUGUUGUGGGUAGACGAGAAGAAGGGUGACUACUUUGUUGUGUGGCGUUUUGAAGAAUGUCCGUAUCUAAGAUUUUGCAAGAAAGGGGAUGUUCAUUACCAUGAGAUUUCAACACGGUUCGAUGUACAGUCCGGAGGCCUAAAAGAUGUGGUACUUAAAGGUAACAGUCUUUACGUCCAAACGGAACAUGGCUACAUUCGACACCUGGAUUUGUCGGGACAACAUAGUUUUGAGGAUGUGUGGGUGAUCAAUUGGCAUCCAGUGAGAAUGGGAGGAUACAGGAUCAUCUCAUUUAGCAAUAACUUUGCUGUUACAACAUCAGGAGAGGUUUUGUCGGUCCUUGCAAUAACUUCCGAGUCUAGCUUUGAAAGGAAUAGGACGUUCCACCUCUACAAGAAGCAAGACACCAAGCUUAUUAAGGUGGAUUCUCUAGGCGAUGAGGCCUUGUUUCUCGAUUUUGGUAUCACCGUGCCUGCUGACCACACCCUUGGUAUUGAGCCAAACUCCAUCUAUUUCACCCGUGAUGACCGUUUCCGUCACAAGAGAGUUUCAUGUAUUGACAUAUGUGUCUACAAUCUUGCAACAAAGACCAUCAAACGCUUCCCUAGUCUCUCUAACUUAAAGCUCAAGGAUGCUCAAUGGUUUCUCCCCUCUUGAUUUAUUUUUUUUUCCGUCUUGCAUAGUCUUGGUGUUCUAUGAGAGAUUAUCUUGCGUUGGUGUUUCCUUGCUUUGUUUAUUUCUGGUGCAUUCUUGUGUUCUUGAUACAUUUCCAAACUCUGCCGUGUUAUCCUAUUUCUUUGGAUAUAUAUA